AUGGAAGUAAACACAAAGUACAUUCAUGAUGCAUUCGUUGAGAUAGGAUAUAAUUCAACUGCAGCUGAUUUCAAUGAUUUUCUUGGGACUUUACCGAAAUGUACUGCGUAUGUAAAAGGAGGUUUUGGUAUCGUUAAAUCAAUUUCUCAAGGAAGCGCAAUAGUUGAACGUGAACAGAGGAAUAUAGAGGUUUUUGCUUUGCAAAACAAAACUGAAACUUUUGAAAUUGCUGCUAAUAAGAGCUUACAUAUCAGAAGGAGAGAGUCAAAUGAGGUAGCAUAUCAUCUACAAAAAAAUAACACACCUCGCUUUCGUUCAAAUUUUCCCGCUAUUCCUGGUUCAUCUGCAUCAAGUAGGUCUUCACAAAACGCAUCGCUUAAAAGGAAAAGAUAUGGGCCGUCUAUGUCCUCAGAUUCUGACACUGAUUUCUUUCCUCAUAAAAGAACGAGAAAUGAGCGGUCUACGAGAUAUCAGUUGUCUACAACCUCAGAUUCUGACAUUAAUUCCUUUCCUUCAAUCAAACGGCAAAAGUCAAAAAUGCGGAUGAGAAAACUUCAGGCAUCAAAAAAGAAGGAUCACCGAAGUCGCAUUAGGUGGGACAAAAUUGACAAAGAAACCCUUAUAAUUGAUAUGACUAAACGUUUGCUAGAACUUGAUCAAGACCUUGAUAAUUUACAGUAUGACAUUUUCGUUAAGCAUACACUUACAUUAAUUAUAAAUAAAUCGAAGGUGUCAGAAACUGUCAUAUUAUCCAUCAAAGUAUCUGACUACGAGAACAUUCAAGAAAUAAAGGGAAGAUAUAAGCACGUGACUUACAUACUUGACACUGAAGAUACAAGACUACAUCUAGGCAUCGCAGAAUGGGGGUGUCUAAAACUAUAUGCCGAAAAGGCAAGAGAACAGGUUGUGCAUCGGUUGAAAUUAGAAAACGAUAAAUUUCUCCAAAGCACCAAGUUGUUCAUCGAGUAUAAUGGAAAAUCUUUCGGUAACGAGGAAAAAGACGAAACUCUACAAGCAUCCUUUGAUAAACAAGUUAAGAAUACCGAAUCAAGAGGACAAACUGUAGGUGAUGACUGCCCGAGGAUGUCAAGCACCCACAAGGAAAAUGUUGUGAACAAUAUCGAGUCUAGAGGAGAAGCAGCACGGUAUGACUGCGCACCACUGUCAGAAACCCAGGAGGAAGAUGUUGAAAACAAUAUUGGGUCUCCAGGACAGGUUACAUGUGCUGACUGCACGACACUGUCAAGCACCCAUAUGGAAAGUGUUGUACAAAAUACAGAUUCUAGAGACAAACAAAUAGGGGAUUACUGCGCGACGCUGACAAGUACCCACACGGAAAAUUUCGUGAACAGUGCCGAUUCUAGCGGACUGACUACAGUGGAUAACUGAGCGACCCUAUUAAGCACCCACAAGGAUAAAGUUUUGAUCGACACAUGUACUGAGUCUAGCGGACUAAAAACAGGGGAUUACCUCGCGACACUAUCAAGCACCCACAAGGAAAGUGUUUGGAAGAAUAUCGAGUAUAGAAAACAAAAGACAGGGAGCGAUUAUGCAAAAGGGCAAACACACGCACGGAAAGUGUUUUGAACAAUAAUAUGUCCAGAGGACAAAUUACAGGGAAUGACUUCUCGAAACCGACUGACCCCCAAGAGGAAAAUGUUGGUUUAAAGGACAAACUAUAGAGGCGACUCUGCAAAACUGGUAUACAUUCGACAAAUAAACUUCGUAAAUAAUACAGAGUCUCGAGGAGAUAUUAUAGGAAACAAUCGUUCAAAACUGACAAACACACGCAAGGAAAAUGUUGUGAACAAUACCGAGUAAAGAGAACAAACCAUAGGGAACCAAAUGAACAAAUUUGGCAAACACCUACAAAUAAAUAAUGUUCAAGUCUUAGAAACGUUACAUGUACACACUGGUUGCCUAACUGUAAAUCAAAAUAAUCGGAGUAUUAUCGAACGUCAAUUUGGAGAAAAUGAAAAGUGCCACAACUAAAGGAUUCAUCUUAGGUUAGCGUUUCUCAACCAAUAUUUUUAUACAAUACAUAAAAGUUUAUUUAAGCUGAUGUAUUUGAUAAUAUUGUUAUGCAUGUAUAUACAUUGUAUAUUUGAAAUUAAUUAUUUUGAUUUUCUCUUUCUCAUAUAAACUGAUGUCGCGCACACACACACACGCGCGUGCGUGCGUGCGUGUGUGUGUG